UUUUCAAACAACUCAUUGUUAAUUAAAUUAUAUUUUGUGGUUUUAACAAUAAUUUCACUUUGUCACAUCCGCUUAAACACAAAGAUAAACCGAUACGUUUUUGUGGUAUAAAACAAAAAAAUUUAUUUAGUUUAUAUCUAAUUUACAACGAUGUUUUCUCUAAUUAUUUCGUGCGUGAUAACUUCAUCGUUUAUUUUUGAUGGCGUUCCGGGUCAGAGCUUUUAUGGAUUAAGUGAACAUUUCGAGAUGUUACCUUAUAUUAAAAGGAUGAAUAAUGGAAAAUUGUACACAAAACCACCGUUUUCUUUCGUAUGUCCCGAAGGAUUUAUUAACCAUAACGGAACUAAUUGUGUCCAAGAAAAAUAUGGUGCUUGCCCGGAUAUAAAGAACUUAAAAUUUUCGAUUUCGCCGUUUGAGAGAUCUCCGGAGGCGAUGAUUGGAUCAAAUUGUUCGUAUUCGAUUUUAAACGUGUUAAAAGAGCACGCAAAAAAGGAUAGUUUGGUUAAUUUGCAGUUAUUUUUUGAUAACGGUUAUUAUCCGUAUAAAUUAUAUUUGGAUGUAACGAAAGAAAUGGAUUUAAUCGAUGAUUUUAGCGACAAAAUUUUUUGUUGGGUGAAUAGACAUCAUUCAAAAUUAAUUAAUACAUCUCAAAUCUUUAAAAAUGUUACAAAAUCGAGGAAAACGUAUCGUUUUUCGUUAGAACUUACUCAAAAAUUAUCGAGUUAUGUUUGCCACUUUAUUUACCCCCCAAAUUUUAAGCCCUCUUUUAGUAAUGUAGUUUUUGCUAUGAAUAAUAGGAAGCACACUUUUUUUGUGGAGUAUCGAAAAUCUUAUAGAAAUGCAAUGGUUAAAGUUGAAGACGACGCUUUUUUAAAUAAUCGAUAUAACUGGGGCGAAAAGAACCAAAUUAUUUUUGCAACUAAUUUUAGCGAUUUAGAACUCGUCAAAAAAGAGGUGGUCGAAAAAUUUGGCGUUAACCACAUUUCGAGAUUAUCUCAAGAAUUAUUUUGUGACCCCGCUUGGGAAAUAAUUUCGGGGAAAAACAUAUCUUGGCCAAAAACUAAAAUGUUAUCAAUAAGCUAUCCCAACAACAUCAUUUGUACCGAUUCUAAAAAUAAAUCGUUGUAUCGCCGAUGUGAUAAAAACUCGACUUGGUCCAAAUCAAUAGGCGAUUGCAAUAUCUCGUACGAUAUAAACGAUUUAAAUUUGCAUUCGGAUAUUAACGAAAUUGAAUUGAUUAAAUUAAUUAAUGUAUUAAGUACGAGACGUGUUAAUAAAAGUUUAAUCGAUAAAAUCGAGGAGAUAUUCGACGUCGAUUUGAAGUUAUUACCCCCUCAUUUAAUUAAUAAAUUAAUUGACGAAUCAAAACAAUUUUUUGAUCAAUUCAAAAACGUUGAAAAUUUAGAAAUAAACGAAACGUACAUCUCGAACGAUUUAAACGUAACAUUCCCAAAAAAUUUAUUAAAUCCGAUCAAUUCAGCAUCGUUAAUAAUCUUUAAUAAAAAAAAUGAGUUAAUCGUUGAUAUCGAUGUUAAUAACAAAUGUAAUGUUUUUUUUGACCCGAUUAUUUUAACAUUUAAAAAUAAGAACAACAACAAAUUAAAAUGCGUUUAUUGGGAUUAUUAUUAUAACACAUGGAGCGAUAUAGGCAUCAUAACAAAAUUAAAUAACAAUUUAAUCGAGUGCCAUAGUUACCACUUAACUCGAUUUUCCUUGAUAAUUAUUGAUGAAGAAAUUGUAAAUGAAUUCCAUUCAAAAUCAAUACACACAAUAACUUUAAUUGAAUUAGGAAUAUCGUUAAUAGGCGUCUUUAUUAUUUUGAUAAUCGCGAUUUUAUCGCGGGAUUGGCGUAAAAUGCGUUGGAACGUUGUACAUUUAUCGUUUGUGAUUUUUCUUCAGUUAAGUUUGUUGAUAUUAACGAUUUUCGGGAUUAAUUUAAAAUCUUAUUGUGUUUAUUUAGGGGCUGGUUUGCAUUUGUUAGUUUUGGUUAAAUUGUGCGUAUGUUUUUUGAUAGCCAAAACGAAAUUUCGCGAUUUUGUAUUGGUUUUAAAAAGGGUUAAAAAGAUGCGAACUAAAAUUUCUUGGCGAUCCGUUUUAUUAACUUGGAUUUGUCCAGGUGUAAUUGUUGGGGUUUCUUUAACGUUUUUUCGGGAGGAUUAUAAAGAAAAUGAAUUUCAUUAUUGUUAUCCCCAAAAAAAAUUAUUUAUUUAUGCGGUUUUUGUUCCAGUUUCUGUGUUGGUUUUGGUAAUCAGUUCGAUUUUUAUAUUUUUAAUGUUUAAAGUUUUUCAAUUAAAAAUUAAAAAUGUUGCUCAAAGAAUGGCCCGAAUUAAAUUAGCGAUGAUGCUUUGGUUUUUGUUGGGUCUAACUUGGUUAUUUUCGAUUUUGGUUGAAAUUUUACCGGAAGGUUAUUUUCGAACGAUUUGUUAUUAUAUUUUUACUUUUGUCGCUCCUUUAGAAGGGUUUAUUGUAUUCAUUUUUUAUGUUAUUUUAGAUAAAAGUACCAAAUUUUAUUGGUUUAGUGCCGCUAAAGCUACUUCUUGAUUAAUUAAUUGUUAACACAAAUUAUUUAAUAAAAUUUUAUUUCUAAUUUAUUUAGUUCAUUCUAUUCUUAUGUCCAAAAAUGUAUCCAGGCUGCCGAAGAUUUGUCGGCAGUAUGA